AUGACAGUUGUAGUUGUGCUCUUGCUGUUCCUGCCUUUUGUGUGCACUGGCCGUGCUGGUGUUGGUGCUGGUGCCGAUUCUGGUUCUGUUGCCAGUGGCAAUGGAGGUGGUGGUGGUGGUGGUGGUGGUGGUGGUGGUGGUGGUGGUGGUGGUGGUGGUGGUGGUGGUGGUGGUGGUGGUGGUGGUGGUGGUGGUGGUGGUGGUGGUGGUGGUGGUGGUGGUGGUGGUGGUGGUGGUGGUGGUGGUGGUGGUGGUGGUGGUGGUGGUGGUGGUGGUGGUGGUGGUGGUGGUGGCGGUGGUGGUGCUGGUGGUGCUGGUGCUGCUGCUGGUGCUGGUCCUGCUGCUGCUUCAGCCCAACCCCAUCAUCCAGCAACAUGCCUGGGCUAG